CCUCUCCCCUCUCCCGCCUAUUCCUUCCCCCCCGCGGUUCCUCUGGCCUUGGUUUCUGCUGGGUAGGCCGCGCUGUGGUGGCCAGGAUGGCGGUAGCAGUGCGCGCUUUGCAGGAGCAGCUCGAAAAGGCGAAGGAGAGCCUGAAGCACGUCGAUGAGAACAUCCGCAAGCUCACCGGGAGGGACCCCAACGAUGUGCGGCCUGCUCAAGGUAGAUUGUUGACCCUCACAGGCCCUGGUGGAGGUAGGGGGCGAGGAAAUAUAUUGCUGAGGCGUGGAUUCUCGGAUAGCGGAGGAGGACCUCCAGCCAAACAGAGGGAUUUAGAAGGGGCGACCAAUAGGCUGGCUGGGGAGCGUCGAACGAGGAGAGAAUCACGCCAUGAAAGCGACGCAGAGGAUGAUGAUGUUAAAAAACCAGCGUUGCAGUCUUCUGUUGUUGCUACCUCCAAAGAGCGAACACGUCGAGACCUUAUUCAAGAUCAAAACAUGGAUGAAAAAGGGAAACAAAGGAAUCGGCGUAUAUUUGGCCUGUUGAUGGGUACUCUUCAGAAGUUCAAACAAGAAUCUACAGUUGCUACUGAGAGGCAAAAAAGGCGACAAGAAAUUGAACAAAAACUUGAAGUGCAAGCAGAAGAAGAGAGAAAACAAGUUGAAAAUGAGAGACGAGAACUUUUUGAGGAAAGACGUGCUAAACAAACAGAGCUGCGGCUUUUGGAACAAAAAGUUGAACUUGCUCAAUUGCAAGAGGUAUGGAAUGAACAUAACGCCAAAAUAAUUAAAUAUAUAAGAACAAAGACAAAGCCUCAUUUAUUCUACAUUCCUGGCAGAAUGUGUCCUGCUACACAGAAGCAGUUUGACGAUUCUCAGAAAAAGUUAAACGCACUGUUUGAAAGUAGGCGCAUUGAAUUUGCAGAGCAAAUUAACAAAAUGGAGGCCAGGCCCAGACGGCAAUCUGUGAAGGAAAAAGAACAUCAGGAGGUGCAGAAGGAAGAAAAGAAAGAAGACCAGAACAAGGAUCAGGAAGAGGGUAAGGUGGUUCAGCAGGUGGAAGAGAUGGAGACAGGUAAUCAGAGCAAUGAUGUAGAAAUGGAAGAGGUAGGGGAGGAAAAAGAGGUAGGUGCUAGUCAUAGUGAUGGGGAGCUAGAACAGGAAGAGGAGGAGGAACAUAAAGAGGAAAUGGAAGUUAAAGUAGAAGAGGUAGGUGAGGUUAAAGAGAACAGGCAGCAGGAUAAUCAGCAUGAAAACGUUGUGUUGUUGAAAGAGGAAGGUGAAAACAGUCUGCCAGUAGAUAGUGAGCAGGAUGUGGUGGGUGGUGAGGCAGAUAAUGCAGAACCACUAGAAAAUGAGAAUAGCAAGGAGAUCGAACCAGAAGUGGAGUGUAACGUUCAGCCAGAGCAGGAAGAUCCUGUUACUUCCCUGGAGAGAGAGGAAGUCAGCAAGCCAGAAGCUGAUGCUGAACCGGAGGAGACAGAAGAAAAGGAGCCUGAAUCCACUCCAGUAGAGGAAGCUGAGGCCCAGCUUCAGCCAGAGUCUGUGCUUUGGCCACAGCUUCCACCAUUAUUUGAAUCCAUUCAAGAUCAAGAUCCUCAGGUAGUCAAAGAAGAAACUGCAGUGCCUGAGAAGCUGCCUGACACUCAGGCAGACCAGGCACAGGCAGGAACCACAGAAGUCAAGCACAAGAUUAGAAGCAGGAGCAGAGGCAGAGCAAGGAACAAAACUAGCAAGAGUCAGAGUCGGAGCACUAGCAGUAGCACAAGUAGUACUAGCUCUACAAGUAGUAGUAGUGGCAGCAGCUCUAGUAGUGGCACCAGUAGUAGUCGGAGCAGUUCGAGCAGCAGCAGUAGCACUAGUGGAAGUAGCAGUCGAGAAAGUAGCAGUAGUUCUAGUAGCAGUGAGAGCAGGAGUCGAAGCAGAGGACGUGGUCAUAAUAGGGAUAGAAAGCGGAGGAGGAGUUUGGAUCGGAAACGAAGGGAUAAUUCAGGAGUAGAUAGAAGUCACAAGUCUUCAAAAGGUAGCAGCCGAGAUGCAAAAGGAUCAAAGGAUAAAAUCUCAAGGUCCGACAGAAAGAGGUCUAUAUCAGAAAGUAGUCGGUCAGGCAAAAGAACUUCACGGAGUGAAAGAGACCGUAAAUCAGACAGGAAAGACAAAAGGCGUUAACAGAAGAAACCAGGCUUCUUAGCCUAAUCUUUGCAGCAGAAGAUUACUUGAUGAGUGAAAGGAUUCCAUGUGAGGAAGAAAAGGCUGCCUUAAUUGCAUGCUGUAAAAAAUCUUUUGGAGAAAUGGAGAACUCUACGAGAAAAUUCUUUGCUUUUACAUGAUUUUGUAAACUGUUACUUAUCAAAUUAUGUGAAGACCCAGAUGUAUACAAAUAAAAAUCUUAACAACCCCUUCAUCUUUUCAAUUACCUUUUACUUAAGAGUCUGUAUAUUUUAAUAAGUAGAUCUGUUAAAUUGGUGUGAUUUACUAAUGUACCAUAAGUCUUCUUUUUUUGUAGCAAUAAAUGUGCAUUUUACGUUUAGCCUGUUGCCACUUCAUAGAAAUCCUUUAUUGGCAUACUCCAUGCACAAUUCUACCAUUCUGCCUAAUUGACUCUUCCCCUCUAAUUGCUGACAGGGUGAAUUCCCAAGCCCUGUAAAGGAGUGCACACCUGUGCAUAAUCUAGGCUUUUCUUUCAUUAUACAAAUUCUAGCUUUUAGUGAUGUUCCUCAAUGAGCUUAUUGUCCAUAUGUAGGAGCAAAGUAGGUACAUCAGUAGUUACAAUUGACCUAGACAGGUAGAAUCUUAGAAACUGCUGUGCAUAUGCCCAUACUUACCCCUACUGCUAAAUUAAUACUUUUUUAAAACUUCCAUUUCCGUUGUGCUUUGCUAUGUAUUGAAAGAUUACAGAUCACUUCUAAACUAGGUUAUCAUUGACUAAGUUUAACCUUCAAAUGCCAAUAAAAUUUGCAUUGCGCUGUUAUAUUCAUCUGGACUACGAUAUAUGUUGUGUGUUAAGAGUAACUGUUGAAUGGGGAAAUUGGGCUCAGAUUUGGAAUUUCUGUAACUAUUUGAGCAUGUUGACAGAGGUGCAGCUGGUGUAAAAGAGUAACUGUUUUUAAAUUUUUUUAUAAAACGAGUGUGUUCAUUGGCCUAUUCUGUAAAAGUCCAAAUAAAGGUGGCUUUAUAUACUA